GGGACUGAGAUUUAACUCCACACAACCUGCCUGCCUCUCUCACACUGUUGGAAUAAAAAGCACAAGAACUCAUCUUGCGCCACAACAGCUUCUUCGCUCCUGAGUCCAUCACUCCAGUUUUCUCUGCUCAGCUUUACAGAAAGAUGAAUGGCACAACAGAUGGGAACUACGAGCACGCUCCUAAUGACGGCUCCUUCAUGUUUACCUCAGAGUCCGUGGGAGAGGGACAUCCUGAUAAGAUAUGUGACCAGAUCAGUGAUGCCGUGCUCGAUGCCCACCUGAAGCAAGACCCUGAUGCUAAGGUGGCUUGUGAGACGGUGUGCAAGACGGGCAUGGUGCUGCUCUGUGGAGAGAUCACGUCACGCGCAUGCAUAGACUACCAGGGGGUGGUGAGAGACGUCAUCAAACAAAUCGGUUAUGACAACUCAGAGAAAGGCUUUGACUACAAGACUUGCAACGUGCUGGUGGCCUUGGAGCAGCAGUCUCCCGACAUCGCCCAGGGAGUUCAUAUUGAUCGAGUGGAGAGUGAGAUUGGAGCUGGAGAUCAGGGUCUGAUGUUUGGAUACGCCACAGACGAGACGGAGGAGUGCAUGCCCCUCACCAUAGUCCUCGCUCACAAGCUCAACGCAAAGAUGGCUGAACUGAGACGGAAUGGGACUGUUCCCUGGCUCCGCCCUGACUCCAAGACACAGGUUACAGUUCAUUACACCCAGGAGAGCGGUGCUGUGAUCCCCAGGAGAGUCCACACAGUGGUGGUCUCAGUGCAGCAUGAUGACAAUGUGAGCCUGGAGGAACAGAAGAGCGUCCUGAUGGAGACGGUCAUCAAAGCUGUGGUUCCUGCAAAAUACCUGGAUGAGAACACCGUGUAUCACCUACAGCCAAGCGGCCGGUUUGUAAUCGGUGGGCCACAGGGUGAUGCCGGAGUAACAGGCAGGAAGAUCAUCGUCGACACGUAUGGUGGUUGGGGGGCACACGGGGGCGGGGCUUUCUCUGGAAAGGACUACACAAAGGUGGACCGCUCCGCUGCCUAUGCUGCACGCUGGGUUGCAAAGUCUCUGGUGAAGGCCAAGCUGUGCAGGAGGGUGCUGGUACAAGUUGCAUAUGCAAUUGGAGUAGCUCAUCCACUGUCCAUCUCCCUUUUCACCUACGGCUCCUCUCCGAAGAGCGAGAAGGAGCUACUGCAGAUCGUUAACAAAAACUUUGACCUCAGGCCAGGUGUUAUUGUCAGAGACCUGGAUCUAAAGAGACCAAUAUACCAGAAGACAGCCUGCUACGGACACUUUGGCAGGAAGGAUUUCCCCUGGGAGGUCCCGAAGAACCUUAACUUAUAGUGUGUAAAUGAGUAUGUGUGUGUGAGAGUGAGGGAGAGGUCUGAUUUAUGGGCGUCUACAUAACUAUCCUUGUGCUCCUGUAAUCCUGUAGCAAAGAGGCAGCUGCAAGUGAUCAUGUGAGGGUAGUAUUAAGAGAUGGUUCAUGAAAGGGUACAAAUCAUUUCUGCUCAUACCAGGCUAGUAGGAGGCGUUAUGAGUUGAAGUGCCUUCUUGACUGAAAAUAGACCCCCUCCAUACGCAACAUGCAGUGUUAAUGGAUGUGAUGAUGAGCUUGAUGUUGCAACUGGAAUGAUUUAACCAAGAAGCCAAAUUUAUGGUUGACCUUUGUAACUGCCACCAAAACCUUCGUCUUUGGCUGCUGCAGUUCCAACAAAGCACCAAAACAAAGACCCCCCACCCCAACAUAUUGAUGUUUUAGUGUUUUUUCCAUGGACAAAUGUUUGGAGGUAUCCUGGCCAGCCAUCCCCAUCAGAAAAUGGGUCUGGUACCCUUCCCAUUCACAGCCAUUACUCACCCGUGUCCAGGGUAGGCGCUAUCCAAUGACACACAGGGGGUUUCUAAGAGCCACGGUUCAAAAUGACCCCGAUGGCUGCAGAAUCACUAACACCACUUUGGAUCAACAAGUUUAACAUCAGAAACCAUUUACUGGUAUUACCACUCCACUGAAAGUCAUUCUGGGUGUUUUUUGUUUGCUGAUAUUAGUGUGGUUGUUGCUCUGCAUCAUUUUUGUUUGCAUGCCUAUCCAGUUCUGUGACCACUGCCUUUGGUCUCCAGGGGGUGGUAGUCAAAUCCAGAGAGGAAAAUAAUAUAGUUGGCUUGCCAAGCCACAUAUGGAGGCCAUUUACAUGACUGCUGAAUUACUGAUCAAUAGUGUUAGACAAAAACUGACCAGAAUCACAUUUAAGUGAAAGACCAAAUCCAAAAGGAUUAACAGCCCAAACACAUUCAGAAAGACAGUGGAUCACUAUAAUGCUUUAGGUCAACUGUUUAUCAUCACUAUGAACUGGGUCAGUAUAAUUCCUGCAGCUGUUAAGGGAUUUAGGCUGGAUUUUAACCAUUAAUGCCAUCUUGGUCUUAUUUUUCUUGCAAUGAAAAUCAAAAACAAAGCUCUAGACCAGUGUCAUCUAUUUCUGUUCUGAGGUUCAGAUUCAAGACCUUCAGAAGUUUAUGUUUGCACCAAAAUAAGCAAUUUUUCUUUCCUAUAGUCAUGUCAGGAUUUCCAGGCAGGGACCAGGAAGUGAGCGCUUCACUAGCAUGAACUUGACACUAGACUACUUUUUGGCUGCGCUUGUUACAGCUCUGCUGGCAAACAUUUUAUAAAACAAACCCCCCCCAAAAAGCCAUCGUGCAACAUUGAUAUAGGGUAUAACACAAUCGGGCAGAGCUACAAACCACCAUAUUAUGAAUCCACUACAUAGAGGGUGAUUAUGGACCCAUAUAAAAGCUAAAAUAAUCCUAAUAUUCAAUCAAAAUAUCCCUUUAAGAUUAAAACAAGUCAAAGUAAUUUCAUACAUGUGAAAAUGUCCAAAUAUGUACUGUAUUUCAGUGUUUGAUCAAACAUGUAAGGGCGUCAAAUUGAGCUCUUAUUUUUAACAUAGUGCAACAUUUUCUUUAGGCUAUAAUGUGAUGUUUUCAUUUUGAAAAAUGCUCCCCAUGGUCACAGGCCUGGUUCUUUAAUCCCUGUAGCC